AUGCCGGGAGGGCUGCUUCUCGGGGACGAAACUCCCAACUUUGAGGCCAAUACCACCAUCGGCCCAAUCUGCUUCCACGAUUUCCUGGGAGACUCAUGGGGCAUUCUCUUUUCUCACCCACGGGACUUUACCCCAGUGUGCACCACAGAGCUUGGCAGAGCGGCAAAGCUGGCUCCAGAGUUUGCCAAGAUGAAUGUUAAGAUGAUCGCUCUUUCGACAGACAGUGUUGAGGACCAUCUUGCCUGGAGCAAGGACAUUAAUGCUUACAAUGGUGAUGAGCCCACAGAAAAGCCCCCCUUCCCCAUCAUCGAUGACAAGAAGAGGGAACUUGCCAUCCUUUUGGGCAUGCUGGAUCCGUCAGAGAAGGAUGAAAAGGGCAUGCCCGUGACGGCCCGUGUGGUGUUCAUUUUCGGCCCUGACAAGGAACUGAAGCUAUCUAUCCUCUACCCAGCCACCACUGGCAGGAACUUUGAUGAGAUUCUCAGAGUAAUUAAGUCUCUCCAGCUAACAGCAACAAAACGGGUUGCUACCCCGGUUGAUUGGAAGCGAGGGGCCCCGAAUGAUCUGAGCACAGUGGAAGACUGGGACCUGGAGGACUCAGGCCUGAGCCUGGUUCCAUCUCUUCCUAGAUGCCUGACUUUGGGCAAGCGACUUGACCUGUCUGAGUUUGUGGCUUCCUCCUGA